GCUCCCGUGAAUUAUCGGUGUCAUCAUCUGUAUCAAUUGAUGUCUCCAUCUCCUCCCACCUGGCUGAAAACAAGGGGAAGAUGAAGAAGAAAAGAGCCAAGAAAAACCCCAGCAACCUCAGCAUCGCAGAGGAGGAGCUAAUGCUGGAGUUCAUUAUGAACAAUCAUGCGCUGUGGAAUGUCAAGAUGACAGAUUACAGGCGGAAGGACAAGAAGGACAAGAUCUUGGAAGAGCAAGCCCAGCAGAUGUACAAGACAGCUGACACCCUCAAGUGCUGGUUCAGGUCGUUGCGUACACCCACACACGCCUUGACAAGAAAAAGAGCGGUGAUAGUGCACCAAACCGGACUGAGAGAAAGCAGUGUAUUCUCUCAAAGUUUGUCUUUCUGA